AAGUACCACAAUGCAACGGGGCAAACACUGUAAUCAUGGGGGUGCCAUCAAGCGUGAAGAGUCAGAGGCCAAAUAGUUUUUGACAAAAGAAGCAGGUACUUCAGGGAGAGCUCUCAACACCUGAAGUUGUCGUACUGCACCCUUGCAAUGGCGAUGCACUGUAAGACAGAUUUUAGUCUCUGAGGGUGAGAAAUAUCAGAUUUUUGUACCCGGAAGUGAUCGCACCUCCACCAGCUGGUGUGUACAGUGCAGUGUAGUCUUCGUUGUGAGCCACGUUGCCACAUAUGCACACACAACAGCUGCCAGGAUCCCCUGUUUACAAAGACUACCUACUGAACUCACAGCUCCAAAAUGAGGCGACUGAACAGGAAACAGACGCUGAAGGUUGUGAAGGAGAUGGACGCCUUCCCCAAGGUUCCGGAGAGCUACGUGCAGACCAGUACCAGUGGUGCUACAGUGUCCAUCCUGAGUUUUGUGUUGAUCGGGAUCCUGGUGCUGUCUGAACUGAUCUACUACAGCGAGACUAGCAUGAAGUAUGAGUACAACGUGGACACAGAGUUGGAAAGCAAACUGAAAAUCAACCUAGACGUCACAGUAGCCAUGAAGUGUGAAUCUUUAGGAGCUGAUGUUCUGGACCUGACAGGAAACAGUAUCAGUACCCAGGGAUCCAUUAAGGAGGACAGUGUGUUUUUUGACAUGACACCACAGCAGAAGCGAUGGCAAAGGAUGGUGCAAACAGUGAAGAGCAGUCUGGAUAAAGAGAAGGCUCUUCAGCACCUGCUGUUUAAGACAGGUUUCAGCAGUAAACCUACAGCUGCACCUGUCAGUUCAGGACAUCAAAGAAAUGCACCAACUGCUAAUGCCUGUAGGUUCCAUGGAACAAUAGAGGUCAACAAGGUGGCUGGUAACUUCCACAUCACAGCGGGUCGGUCCAUUCCUCAUCCACGGGGGCAUGCUCACCUGUCUGCCGGCAUCAACACUAAAGUCUACAAGUCUCCGUCUGGAAAUAUGCUGGUAGUCAUUACAUCAGAGGAGCAACACUACAACUUUUCCCAUCGUAUUGACCACCUGUCAUUUGGAGACCCUGUUCGUGGAAUCAUCAAUCCUUUAGAUGGGGAGGAAAAAGUCACCCAGAGCACCAUGCAGAUGUUCCAGUACUUCAUCCAGAUAGUUCCCACCCGAGUGAACACCAGACAGGCGCAGGCCGACACAGGCCAGUUCGCUGUCACAGAGAGGGAAAGGGUGAUCAACCAUGACUCCGGCAGCCAUGGUGUCGCAGGGAUCUUCUUUAAGUACGAUCUGACCUCCAUCAUGGUGAAGGUCACAGAGGAGAGACAACCCUUCAGCCAGCUGCUCAUCAGGCUCUGUGGCAUUGUGGGAGGAAUCUUUGCCACAUCAGGCAUGCUCCAUGGCUUUGUUGGAUUCCUGGUGGAUACGUGGAUGACCAGGGUUAGAGGAAGGGAAGAACAGUUCUCCAACCACAUGCCUUCGCCCACACAACUACCAUCCCAGGACAUCCCGCUACAACAGUUGGACAGGGAGUUUCCAGAACAGGAGAGCCCUCUAGCAGUUAACCUGCUAAGUGCAGACAGAUGACAAGCACAUACCAUGUAGAUAAUAUGCUGGAAGAUUACUUACUAGUCAGGUUGGAUAUGUUUUAUUCUUUUAUUGCAGUCAAGUUCACCAUUCUUGUGACUAAUAUGCUUGCACAUGGGAGAAUGCCCACCAGUUUCUAUUUCACUUUUGAAGAAAUGGUUCAGUGCUGCAGAUGUGCAGAUCCCAUUCAAAUUGUUGAAUUCCAUGUCUUUAAACAAAGUAUGGCUCAAUUGAAUGAUCAGCAGUAUAACUAUGCUCAACAGCAGUGCUCUCUGCUGUAUCAUACUUAAAUUAAGAAGGAGACAGUAGAAUUUCCUUCAAUACAUUUCAUAAAACAGCAAUGUCACUUUAGCUUGAAUCAGUUUAAUGCAUGAAUGUCAUUUGAUUCAUAAAUUCUGUCUUCAAGAAACAUUAUUUAUAACUGUUACUUGUCCUUAUCUGUACAUACAUGCAUACAUGCAUCCAUGGGAGCAACCAUUCUUCCCUAGCAUUGACUCACAAAAUAGUCAUUGUUUGUUUAUUUCAACUGCACCAUGUGUCAGAGAAUAUGUGACAAUUAGACGUUAUCAAAGAGACCAGGUUGCAGCAUUAUACAUGUAGUUUUAGAUUUAAGAAGUUUUUUUCAUAGAAAAAUUCAGUACCGGUACAUUGUAUCAUACAUGAGUUCACAGGAAAUGAUUUAAGUUGUAGCAUAUUCUUGUCAAGAAAAAUGGUGGCACCACUGGUAUACAUAUCUUACAUUGAAUGAAUUAUAAAUG